CGAGCCGGCACACCCGGCCCGGCCCAUUCCGGCCCAAGUCCGCUCCUCGGGGCCACGGAAGCCGAGGGCCUGACGCGUCUCCGCCGUCCGACGAGCCGGGGAAGCCCCAAGUGCACGAUGCAAGCGGGGAAGCCCAGCCUCCUCAUUGGCCAGUGGGAUCCACCCCUUCAGGCUUCUUCCCCUGCACGGAAGCUCCGUGAGCUCAGACAUUCUCUGGCAGGUCGAGGGUCACUAAAGCACCAUGACCGAAUCUGGCAAGCCCAUCCUCUAUUCCUACUUCCGGAGCUCCUGCUCAUGGAGAGUUCGCAUCGCUCUGGCCUUGAAAAACAUCAACUAUGAGACGGUGCCCAUCAACCUCAUCAAGGACGGGGGGCAGCAGUUUUCAGCAGAAUUCCGGACUCUGAACCCCAUGAUGCAGGUGCCGGCCCUGACGAUCGAUGGAACGACCAUCGGUCAGUCGCUGGCCAUCAUUGAGUACCUGGAGGAGACGCGGCCCACCCCGAGACUGCUGCCUCAGGACCCUAAGAAGCGGGCGCAAGUGCGCAUGAUCUCCGACCUCAUUGCCGGUGGCAUCCAGCCCUUGCAGAACCUGUCUGUCCUGAAGCAAGUGGGUCAGGAGAACCAGCUGGCCUGGGCCCAGAAGGCCAUCAGCAACGGCUUCAAGGCUCUGGAGGAGAUCCUGAAGCACACAGCCGGCAAGUGCUGCGUGGGAGACGAGGUGACCAUGGCCGAUCUGUGCUUGGUGCCCCAGGUGGCGAAUGCUGAAAGGUACAAAGUGGACGUCACUCCCUACCCCACCAUCAGCCGCAUCAACAAGUCGCUGCUGGCCAUGGAGGCCUUCCAAGUGUCCCACCCCUCCCGCCAGCCAGACACACCCCCUGAGCUGAGGGCGUAGCGCUGCCAAGCCCCACUGGGGUGGGAGGCAGGGAGAAAGGUGCGGGAGAGGCAGGAGACCCGCACUCAAGCCGUUGAAUGCUAGCCCUGCACGUGCCUCAGUCUCCCCACCUGUCCCGUGCGGUCACUCGGAGGAGCGGGAGCGUGCUGCAAGGGGAGAGGCAGGAGCGUGGCCCGUGGCAGGAACGGUCUCAAUGCUGACAUGAGAAGUUCAAGGGCCUGGAAGUUUCCCAGUCGGCCGAAAGAAAGCGCGAUGCUGCCGCCCACCCCCACAUUGUAUCUGACUCCAGGAAGUGCCUCCUGCCGGGGGGCUUUAAAUGGU